UUUUAGGAUAAAUGCCUUGGUGCUCUACCGUGCAUUGCGAAUCAUUUACAACCCCAGAUAUAUUGACUAUAUUCAGUGGUAACGUACACCAUCUGACGUGGAAUGGUCGUUGCAAUCUCUCUCCUCUCGGUGACAUUGGAGCAGUUGAAGCAGUGGUCAGGCUCAGGAGUCAGAGUCCGGAGUCAGGAGUCAGGACUACAAGCGGCUCAGGAAAAGGAAAGGAAGAAAGAAAUGCCGCUAUUAGCUGUAAUGCCUGCUUGCAACAAUUCUCGUUCUAUCCCAACAAGGGUAGUCAAGGCAUAUUGGAAGAAGGAAGAUAAAAAGGCAGUACCAGAAAAGCAGAAAAAGCAAGUCAAAAUUUUCAGAAGCUUGGCUCCGCCACUCAUGGUUGCACUUAUGGCAUUAUCACCUCUCUUCAACCCACCGGGUAAGCACCACAAUUCUUCUAUCGCUUUAUCUCUAUCUUUUUCAGUAUCAGUAUGCCUAUUUUGUAUCUUUGUUCUUGUAUAAUACCUUACACGGACCCAAUUGGUCUUUGAGGAUUCAUGGCCACAGUUUGUUAUCGAGUGAGAAACAACAUUAUAUGAUCUUUUCGAUGGGUUCUUUUAAUGAUUUUAGCCGAUACACGUGAUGAUCUGCUGAAAUCGUUGGCAAAGUGAUCCAAUUUGUGGUAGAAAGACAAAAGGGGAUUAGCCCACCAAGUGUCUGAUGAAAUGCAUGACAAUUUUAAAAUCAACUGUAAAUGUUGUUGGUGGCUGGCUAACUGCUUUCAUCGUUAUUAUUUACUUAUUCAACAGAUUUUGCCCGCCAAGUGUUUGCUGAAAUGCAUAAGAAUUCUAAAAUUUAGAAUGCCUUUUUGCCAAACAUACAUCCUGUUCUCAUUCUCAUCUAAGAACGCUUUAUGCGUUCUCAGAAUGGGAAGCGCAUUCUUAGAAUGGGAAUGCAUACCAAACACAGCCUAAAUUUGCAUGAAAUAGGGUAAGCUUAGGAUGAGUUUUGUGGUCUAGACUUUUAGGUUAGUGGUCACAUGCAUGGUUUAAGUUCAGGGUAUUGGCUAGCUCCAAAUUUGAUUUUGUAUCUGAUAUAUGUCAGUCUGUAUCCGAUAUAUAUGAGUCUGUAUCGUAUGGUUUUGCCCCCAAAGAUACUGAUACUUAUACCUUUUUUUUUUCCUACCAUUUUAUCCUAUGUACCAUAUCACCUAUUUAGCAUUGGCUCAUAUCACCUAUGGAUCGAUCAAUACCGAUUCCCAAACCAAUGAUGGGCUAUCUAGCAGGCUAGAUUCCAUUGGGUUAUUUGUGCUGAGUAUGACAUGCAUAGCUUGUAUUGAACUUUGCUCCUGUUUGAAUUUCUAAGGUAAUGAAGGGAAUCAGAUCAGGAUUAAGAUGAAACUUGACCAAACAUGCAGAACUAAAAGACAGACAUCCAGAGUUUGGUUCUUUCUUUAAACCAAACCCCCAAACAACAGUGGUUGUUGCUCAUACUGCAAAAUGCUAAAGCAUUUUUGAAAAAGGCUAUGGUUUUUAUUAGGGGAAGGGAUUCAUGCAUGGGAACCACCCCCAUCAACGAUUUGUAAAAUAGUAGGGGGGGAUGGUUUGGUAUUUUGAUGGAGACCAUUGUCCCCAUCUAAUGGUUCAUGCACGGCCGUGCACAAAACCUUUUGCUUUCUAUUAUAUAUUUUUGGUCGUGGUUUGGAAAAACUAUAAUUGGAUCUCUUUAACCAUACAAAUAAAAUGUACACCCCACCACAC